AUGGACUAUAUCAGCCCUGCUCAACUCUACAGCCUAUAUCACUCAAUACGACACAACCACUGGCUGGUUUUUCUCACCAUACUGGCUUCUUUGCUCAUCAAGCUGCUCACUAUCGUCUCCACGGCCUUGUUGAUGUUGCAAGAUGACAGAAUCACCGUGCACAAUCUACCCCUCGUUGCGACAGACAAAUUCGAUGCCAGCGUGUUUAGCCAGGCGCAAACGGACUUUGUCCCCGUACUCUCUACAAUUGCACUCGGCAAUCAAAAUCUGUCGUACGGCCCCGGUAUCGCGGAGACGAUUGCUUUUCCAAGUUUGCGCGUCAAAGACAGUCGUGCAGGUGUCGAGUACAGCCAAAUUCAAAGUAUCGUCGACACCUUUGAGGCAGAUCUUGACUGCGAUGAAGGUGGAAGCCUCAAGGCAAUCAACACAUCCUGCACCAGUCAUGGAUGCGAGCAACUCGUUACCAAUUUUGAGCUGCAAACCCCAACCUGCGAAAGUACCAUAAUUAACGAGACACAGCACUCCCCGUCUUACCCACUAGUGUUCUUUGGGAUGGCGUCACCAGUUCAAUGUACCAAUCUUGCGGCUGAUGAGGACAACCAUCGUCUGAUCCUCGCGGUAGGGGUCGUGUCUACAAACGCUACAACUUCCUUUUUCACGAAUAGCGUGAGAGUAGUUUCGGAUUCUACGACCAUCCUCACAUGCAAACCAAAAUACACUGUACAAAAGUCAAACGUCACGGUCUCGGACACGGGAAUCAUCUACGAUGACAAAACCAAUCUCGGAAACGCGAUGAAUGAGACGACAAUCCAGCCAGUGUCGUCUUGGGAUUUCUUCGAGGCUUUCGACUCUUGCAUCGAGAAAUCAAUCACAUUCGUCAACGGCAUUCUAAAACCCAUACCGCCUGCGAAGAAUGUUGCCAAUUCAACCACAUUUGACCCGUUUUUUCAACUCAUUCAAGCGACUGUCGAUAACCUCACCGUAACGCAGCUGCAAGACUCGACGUUUUUGCAGGACCGGUCAACAGAAAUCUACAGAAAGAUCUCGGCUCAAAUCGCAAAGUCCUACCUCAUGAUACCCGCAGAGGAUGAGGUAAAGGGUACUUGCGAAUCAACCCAACAACGCCUGCGUGUGAGAGGAUUGUCGCUCUACAUGAUGGAAGCCAUAUUAUGCUUUCUCAUCAUACAAACUGCGGUUAUGGCGUUUUUGGUCAAUCGGCUCUCCAGAAUUCGGGACUACGGAUCCAUUGCAAGACUAGCGACUGUCAUGUCUCGUAGCACGCAGCUCUCGGAGACGAUUUCCGGGCACGGAGCAUCACGACUGCCAAACCUGCAGUCUGUUUUAUCACCAUAUCGAUGCGUCAGCCAAGAGGAUCACCGCAACAAUGCACCAGAGUUCAGGAUCGAUCUGCUCGCAGAAAAGGGAACCGUGUCGAGUGCAACGCCGCGUGACGGCCUGACGGGUGCUCCAAAGCAUGCAAGGGAGUGGUGGAGGCCGUUUUCGAAAUCGUGGACUUUCACCAUUGUCGUCAUGGUCAUCACCUUGCUGGUCAUUAUUGGCCUCGAGGUGUCCUUCUGGAAAUCUGAAAAGAGCAAAGGUCUCGCGGACGUCGAUCAAUCAGGUUACAUCCGUUACACCUGGUCUUACGUCCCGGCUUUAGUGAUGGUAAGCAUCCAGCUUCUGGUUGGCACCAUCGGGUUCUCCUCUCUCUCAAUUCUUCCGUACUAUCGGCUCCGGACUUUAGGAAACUGCGGACGUCAAGACAUUCUCAAGGACCACUUAUCUAGGCUCAACGCCCACAACAUCGUAGAGUCCGCAUUGAGACUCCAAUUCCUCCCAUUCGUCAUCUCUCUAUCCUUGUUCCUCUCGGCAUUCCUAACGAUCGUGGUGAGCGGCUUGUAUUCCCCUCAGCAAGUUGAUCUCCGCCAGACAGUUCCAAUCAACAUGGAUGACUACAAUGUCAACGCCUCGCUGAUUCAAAUCGCGGCCAAGGAGGCAUCCCUCACCAAUAAAUACGAGACUUUUCCAUUCCUGAUGGGAUUGCUCCUGCGUGAGAAUUUCACUUUCCCUCAAUGGACGUACGAAGGUCUCAUGAUCCCUCAACUCUCCCUGGCCUCCAACGAUACACGGGUAUCCUCCCAGGAAACCCUCGAAGUAGAUCUGCCAGCACUACGAGCAGUGCUCCAAUGCAACAAAGUCUCCGGGGAUCCAUGGAACGUUUCCGGCAGCGGCGGACCGCGAUGGGAAGACUACAACCACACCGAACCCCGCUGCGGCAACGACUUCAUCAGCACGCUCGGCACCCUCCAGGACGCGCCAUUCGGCACCUUCACCCCCAACAAAUGGGGCGUCGGCUUCCUCUGGUCCGACCGCUACGACGAGUCCGACAUCCGCAACACGGGCUGCCUCACCGUCGGCGGCACCUUCGGGUCGGACCUCUCAACCUACACCAACAUCAUCUGCAACACCAGCCUCGAGCAAGUCACCGCACGCACGCACUUCCACCUCCCGCAGUACUCCCUCAUCAACGCGACCGCCGACGAAUCGACGCGCCAAACCGUCUCCAAGCCCGACCUGCGCUACUACUACGACACGGGCUUCGACGCUUUGCUGCCCGCCUACCAGCAAGCCUACACCACCGACGACCUCACAUUCGACGUCUUCUUCCAGAACCUGCUCUACGGCAAGGACAACGCGACCAUCGCGUCCUUCCUGCACCCGGACAACUACGACGGCGUCCUCGCCGCCAUCCAAUCGCAGUACCAGCUCAUGAUGGCGCAAGUGCUCUCCGACAUCUUCCGCCCCGACCCGACGACCAACUGGACCGCGACGCCGUACCACUCGGCCGGAAACCUCACCGCGACCAAGCGGCUCCGCAGCACGACGGCGUGGCCCAACGCGACGCGCGUCAAUCCGGACCGCUACCGCCUGCACCAGUCGCUGCUGUCGACGCGGAUCCUGGACGCGCUGCUGGCGGUGAUUUUUGUUUGCGUGGGCGCGUCGUGGUGGCUGAUGCCGAUGCGGAAGGGGGACGAGAUUUUGCCCAAGAAUCCGUGCAGUAUUGCGGCGGCGGCGAGUCUGAUUGCCGGGUCGAAGAUGCUGGAGGAGGUGCCGCCGGGGGCGGAGUGGUGGAGUGAUCGGGAGUUGGAGAAGAGGGGCGUGUGGGAGGGGAGUAGGUUUCGGAUGGGGUGGUUUGAGAGGGAGGAGGAGGGCGGCGAGGUGGUGGAGAGGUUUGGGGUGGAUGUUUGUGCGGAGGAUCGGUUGAUGGGGAGGCGGGGGAGUGGGGAACGACGGGAUGGAUGA